AUGACUGACCACAAUAACCAACACCUUUGUAGUCUAUUCCAAUGUUUCUUUGACUUUUGUAGUCUUUAUAGUGUUUAUAGUCUAUCUAUCCAACUUGUAGUCUAUUCUGAAGUUUCUGCAUGUGCUAGUGUUAAUACAUUGAUCUUUUUUAUAUCUAUUCCUAUGUGUCUAUUGAUUUUUUCCAUUUCAAUUCCGAUGUAUCUAUUGAUUUUUGUAGUCUUUUAUAGUAUUAUCUAUAAAUUUUUCUCAAGCUCAAUUCAUGUGAAUUCAUAUGAAUUCAUGAUCAAAUUCUAUGAAUUCAAGGAAAUUCAAAGUGAAUUCAUGCAGUCAAAAAAGGACGUCGGUGAAUUCCGCGAGUGGGAAUUUUGCCCAAACCCAACAACACUCGACAACACCACCAUCACCACCCUCUUGCUCACCCACCACGAACACGUCGCCCACCACGACCACAACGGACGACGACAACACGCGACCACGACAACAACGACGGCCACGACAGACGAUGACAACAAACGACCACGGCACGCAACGACGACCCCACUCACGGACACGACAACCACCCACGAACCACGAGCGCCCGCCGACAUGACAAACAAGAAAGACGAGGGACAGCGACCCGCUCCCACCCGCCAACGACGACCCGCCCAUAAACGACAGCCGCCGCCCAUGCAAACGACAAGCGCCACCCACGAAAAGCACCCAGCACACCCAAACGACAUCCGCCGCCCACGAAAAACGCCUAGCGCCCACAAACAACAUCCGCCGCCCAUGCAAACGACGACCGCCGCCCACGAAAAACACCCAGCAAACCCAAACGACGACUCAGUGUAUCUCUCCUCCCUGUCUCCUUCUCUCUGUUCCCCUCUCUCCCUCCCUCCCUCUCUCCCUCCCUCUCUCUCUCCCACCAUCCUUCUCUCCCUCCCUCUCUUCCUCCCUCCCUCCCUCUCUUCCUCCCUCCCUCCCUCUCUUCCUCCCUCCCUCCCUCUCUUCCUCCCUCCCUCCCUCUCUUCCUCCCUCCCUCUCUUCCUCCCUCCCUUCCUCUCGUCCUCCCUCUCUUCCUCCCUCUCUUCCUCCCUCUCUUCCUCCCUCUCUUCCUCCCUCCCUCCCUCUCUUCCUCUCUCCACCUCUCUCACCCCCUCCCCCCUCCAUCAUUUCACUUCACUCACUUCCCCUCCUUCCAUAGCUCUCUCCCUCCACCACUCCCUCCAUCACUCCAUCACUCCCUCCCCCUCCCUCAUUACAUUAGUAAAAUAUCUUUCUGUAUUAGUUGUCAUUUCACAAUACAACAUUUGUUUAAAUGUGAAUUUUGAAUAG